UGUUGCAUUACUGCCAUCUACAGGUUGACCUUGACUGUGCACUGACAGUUACUUCAUUGUCGCUAAAUGGACAGCUGAUCACAUGAAGGUCCAUUGACAUCACUUCGUAAGGCUGCAUUCUCAUGGCGGCAACCUCCCAGCUGUUUCGGGUAAUCCAUGGCAGGGGGUUUGGCCGUACUUUGCCAUCAAUUUUGUGUCAAACCUGCUUUCAAAUCCAUCAACCAAAUGCAACGUCUGGUCCAAUUCAGCCCCUGUUGCGGAGCUACAGGACAUCAGCUACGCGGCUCACAUACUACCUCACACCCCCUCAGGUGAACAGCAUCCUGAAGGCCAAUGAGUACAGCUUCCAAGUGCCCGAAUUUGAUGGCAAAAACCUCAGCUCAGUCAUGGGGUUUGAUAGUAAUCAACUCCCAGCCAAUGCACCUAUUGAGGACCGGCGCAGUGCAGCAACAUGCUUGCAGACACGUGGCAUGCUCUACGGUGUCUUUGAUGGGCAUGCAGGCUGUGCCUGUGCCCAGGCAUUGAGUGAGAGGCUCUUCUACUACAUAGCUGUGGCCAUGCUGCCACAUGAGACACUUGCCGAGCUGGAGAGCGCUGUGGAGAGCGGCCGGCCUCUUCAGCCUAUGCUGCAGUGGCACAAGCACCCAAACGACUACUUCAGCCGUGAAGCGUCACCCCUCUAUUUCAACAGCUUGCGCACAUACUGGCAAGAGCUGCUGGACCUAAGCACACCCGGAGAACAGCCUGAGGUGGCUGAGGUGCUGGUAAGUGCCUUCAAACGCCUGGACAAUGACAUCUCUUUGGAGGCACAGGUGGGGGAUGCCAAUGCCUUCCUGCACUACUGGGUGUUACGUGUGGCCUUCUCAGGUGCUACAGCAUGCGUGGCACAUAUUGACGGUGCUGAUUUGCAUGUGGCAAAUGCGGGCGAUGGCCGUGCUGUUCUAGGUGUGCAGGAGCCUGAUGGCUCGUUCUCGGCGCUGACCCUUUCCAAUGACCACAAUGCACAGAACGAAGCCGAGGUUCAACGUGUACGUGCUGAGCAUCCACAUGCUGAGUCCAAGACAGUGGUGAGGCAGGACAGGCUGCUUGGUCUCCUCAUGCCGUUCCGUGCAUUUGGUGAUGUCAAGUUCAAGUGGAGCGUGGAACUGCAGCGGCGUGUGCUCGAGUCCGGCCCAGACCAACUCCACGAGAACGAGCAUGCCAAGUUUGUGCCACCCAACUACCACACCCCACCAUACCUGACUGCUGAGCCUGAGGUGACGUAUCAUCGCCUUCGGCCACAAGACCGCUUCCUGGUGCUCGGUUCAGAUGGACUGUGGGAGACACUGCACCGGCAGGAGGUGGUGCGUAUCGUGGGUGAGCACCUGACUGGAGUGCGCCAACAGCAACCUAUCAGUGUGGGCGGCUACAGGGUUACGCUCGGCCAAAUGCAGGGGCUUCUGCAGGAGAGGAAGGCACAUGUCUCCUCCACAUUUCAAGACCAGAACGCAGCCACACACCUGAUCCGCCACGCUGUAGGCAAUAAUGAAUUUGGCAUGGUGGAUCAUGAGAGAUUAUCCAAGAUGCUCAGCUUGCCAGAGGAGCUGGCACGCAUGUACAGAGAUGAUAUCACCAUCAUUAUAGUGCAAUUUAAUCCACACGUCAUAGGAGCUCAGCAGAGCUGAAUGUACUUUUACUCUGGUUCUGUUACACUGCUUUUGGAAGCACUCAUGAGUAGAUAAUGAGUAAUACGGGAGUGGUGUGUGUUGGGGGGAUGGGUUAAUAUCUGCUGUAUUAUCAUAUAUGCGUCACAAUUCUGUCUGCAGUUAUGUUCAGCACUACAGUGAAGAGGGGGGGAUAUUGGUUUUAAUUUUUAAGAUAUCUAAGAAUGCUUUGGAUGUUGGUUUACGUAGCUAAGGUACACUGUGUGCGCGCACGCUUGUUUAAAUGAAAUUGAAACAGUUGUCAUUCAUGCUGCUUCCUUAUGACUUGAGCACUGAAGCCAAAAACUAAGAAUUGACAUUUUUCAUUAUUGCCUAGUCCUGGAAAUGCAGCUUUGAAGUAAUUUGUUAACAUUUCAGGUCAUGAUGGUGAUAAUUCUUUACACUACUGUGAAAAAAAAAAUACAUAUCGACUCUCAUAGUAAAACUUUCUCUCUUUUUAAAGAAUCCCAAAUUCUCAAGUGAAGUAAACUUUGACCUUGCUUAGUUUUCCUGGACUGGAAACAAUUCAGUAUUUUACUUGUACCAUGUUUAUUCGUAGCAGGAGCAAAGCAUGCAUGUCUGGUCUUUACUGUAGUGUUGAGCAGAAUUUUGAGUGCACUUAGUUACUGAUAUUAAUGAAGUGACUUGUUUAUGAAUGCAUGACUCUAGUUACUAUCUUUGUGUCUGUGCCAUUGUGCUUAAUUCUGGAAUGAAAUGCAUUGUUUUAUAAACUGGACCUGCUUAGGUCACCAUCGGCACUGUCUUCAAGUGACGAUCGCAUCAUGGGAAAGUAUAAAAGCACAGCAGGUUGAUAAUAAAUUUUAUUACACUUAUGUGUAUUGUGAUUGAAGACACAAUGCCCUUCAGUCCAGUAUGUUACAGUUCUGUUUAUUUGUAGUAGGUCAAAAUGAAUGUAGCUUUGAUUGAUUUCUAGCUGAUAGAAUCAGCCUCACUGUUCUGCAGUAAAAACACACAUUUUAACUGCUUUUAGCAGACUCCGACAUGUAAACGACAUUUUAAAUGCAAACGAAACUAUUAAUCAUCUUCUUUGAUAACCUUUUUUUCUAACACACUGCCAACUUUAUGAAUUGUAUUAGCUUCUAGUGGCACAAGGUAGAUGGAGGGGGGGGGGGGGGACCUGUGAAAAUAUGGUUAUUAAAAUGAUGAAUGCCAUCUUGACCUUCCUGGUCAACAUUUAUCAAAAGGAAAUCAGGUUAGAAAGACUUUUUUUUUUGGGACCUGAAAGUUACUGAACACCUCCCUUCUUUCUGAUGUAUUAAGUAAAAGAUGUGUAUACAUAUUUAACUUGACGUGUUUAUCUUCAAAAUUGUUUAAUACCAGAUCAUUUAUUUGGCUUAAUGCAUUUGAAGCAUUAAAUAUCCAUAUCUUGUAACAGGUAUAUUUAUAUGUAUAACUUUAUACAUACUUGUGUAUGAAUAUGGGAAUUCUGGUAUUUUGUAUUUAAAUAUUUUAAUAAAACAAAUACAAUUAACAGGUCA